AUGGAUCUGCAUUCAGCUCUGGACAACAAAGUGAGCAGAAUUUCAGUCAUGGCGAGGCUCGUCCUUUCCCUCCUGAUGCUGUGUGGAUGCCAAAAUAGCCUCUGCCUGUCCUCCUCAGAGGCUCAGAAGGAGACGGCCGCCAACGACAGCACAGUUUUCACCAGGAUCCUGGACGGGCUCCUCGACGGUUAUGACAACAGGCUCCGGCCGGGGCUCGGAGAGAAUGUCACAGAGAUCAAGACGAAUAUUUUUGUCACCAGCUUUGGCCCCGUGUCUGACACCGAGAUGGAAUACACCAUAGACGUCUUCUUCCGUCAGAGCUGGAAGGACGAGCGUCUGUGCUUCAAAGGGCCCAUGGAGAUGCUGCCGUUAAACAACCUGCUGGCCAGCAACAUCUGGACCCCAGAUACCUUCUUCCUUAACGGCAAGAAGUCUAUUGCUCAUAACAUGACCACGCCCAACAAGCUGCUGAGGCUGAAGGAUGACGGCACUUUGCUUUACACCAUGAGGCUGACCAUUUCAGCAGAAUGCCCCAUGCAGCUGGAGGAUUUCCCCAUGGACGCACACGCCUGCCCUCUCAAGUUUGGCAGCUAUGCCUAUCCAGUGUCAGAAGUUGUCUAUACUUGGACUCAGGGAGCUGCAAAGUCUGUGGUGGUGGCAGAGGACGGCUCCAGACUCAACCAGUACCACCUGAUUGGACAAACUGCUGGCACAGAGGACAUACACACAAGCAGAGGACAGUAUACAGUGAUGAUGGCCCACUUCUACCUGAAGAGGAAGAUUGGAUAUUUUGUCAUCCAGACAUAUAUGCCCUGUUUCAUGACUGUAAUCCUGUCCCAGGUGUCAUUUUGGCUAAACAGAGAAUCAGUUCCUGCACGGACUGUCUUUGGGGUGACCACGGUGCUGACCAUGACCACCCUCAGCAUCAGUGCCAGGAACUCGCUCCCUAAAGUGGCCUACGCCACAGCCAUGGACUGGUUCAUUGCCGUCUGCUACGCCUUCGUCUUUUCUGCCCUCAUCGAGUUCGCCACAGUGAACUACUUCACUAAAAGGAGCUGGGCCUGGGAUGGGAAGAAGGCUCUGGAAGCACAGCACCCUAAGAAACGAGACCCCAUGGUGCUGUCGAAGAAGCCCAACAACGUCUGCUCGGCGGGCGUCAACUACACCCCCAACCUCACUAAGGACGUGUCCAUCUCCACAAUCUCCAACACGACGUCGGUGCAGCUCCGAACCACUGAGACCAAGAUGGUGGACCCCAAGAAGACCUACAACAGCGUCAGCAAGAUCGACAAGAUGUCGCGAAUAGUGUUCCCUGUCCUCUUUGGAACCUUCAACCUCGUCUACUGGGCCACGUACCUGAACAGAGAACCAGUGGUCAAAGGAGUUGUCACCUCAACGUAA